AUGAAAGCGUUCGAUUGCCUUACCAUCCUCAUCUGUCUUCAAUUGUCUGCAAAUUUGUUGGCACACACAAACGCUCAACCCCAGCCGAGUUCAACGCUUUUCACUGAGUUUUAUGCCGAUUACAAAAAUCAGCACAACAAUGAUGAGCUGAAAUACUCGUAUCACUACUACAUCGAUCAUCCGGAGUCUAUGGUGCAUUUGCAACAUCGCGAAGAGCGCCACGGUACGAGGGUAACUGGCGAGUAUGGUUUGUUGGAGCCCGGCGGUAAUGUGCGUAAUGUCUACUAUACGGUGGAUGGGAAUGGCGGCUUUCGUGCCAGCGUACACACGCGUACGGCAGCGAGCAGCACACGUCAACUGUUUCGUCUACAAAAACAACAGCCAAAGGAACCCAUACAACAUGCACAGCCAGUGGCCUUUAUCAAUUGAGGAGAGAACUUUGGAAUUUGGACUAAGAAAGUGACAAAUAUUCUAAAAUCUUAAUUAAUAAUAUUUCUUUAA